AUGGUGGAACCUCGAGGCACAGAGACGGCUGAAGUUGAGGAUGAGGUUGAGCAGAAACAGACCGUCUACAGCAGCAUUCCAUUGGACACAUCUCAGCCAGGAUUACAGCGAACGAAGAAAUCGAAUAAUACCAAAAUACUGAGCUCCGCAACAGCCUUACCACUCCAUACACCAGUCGUUUCCACCACCAGCGGGCGAGAGCCGGCCAAUCCAGGCAACCCAGUCGCUUGGUCUCAGCCAUCAUCCCGCCCACAGCCACAGAUUCAACAGCUUGUGCCUGACGUUGUGCCUGACGUUUGUUCAGUUCAGUCUUCUGACAGCGAGGCCCUUCUAGCGUCUGUGGCCAGCCAAUCCCACGCCUUGUCACCAGCCUGUUUUAGGCAUGGCGCCAGGUACCCGGGCUGCAAGGUUCAGCCAAAUUUAAAUUAUCAGGGGUAUGGACAAUACUUUACAGAACCGUGUGGGUUUGAUUAG